GCAUUCUGGCCUGUGUUUUUAUAAUUUUUCUCUUUAUUGAUUUUCUACUCUAUUAGGUUUUAUAGUUAAAAGAUUACAUUAGAUAUUACAAUACUGACAGCAUAAGGGCAAGUAUCAAUCAAAAAUGAGACGGAAUGAGAUGCCACCGUCCUCUGACAACCACCCUUUUCCAUCAGAGCACCAUUUCCGACCGCAAGUCCGAACAGCAUUGCCCACUCUGCAGCUACCCCAGGCUCAGCCAUUGCCCGCCAACAAUAUAUUUAUACGCAGCCCAUACCGGCUCGGCAACCGCCGCCGUCGCAAUCUAUCCCUUUCCAGCAGCCAAUGCACCACCCGCCGUCACCCCCUCCUGUGCCUGCACCUGUGCCUUUGUUUCCGCAAUACUACAAUCCGGAUAUCGGUGCCAGUCAUGCCACAAACAUGGACAUCUCCAGGCAGAACCAAUACCAGCAGUACGGCCUUCUACACCAGCAGCAGAACCAGCAAAUCCAACAGCAUCAUCUGCCGCGCAGGAUCCGUGGCACAAGGGCGUGCACCAACUGCCACCGGCGUAAGGCCCGUUGCACUCCGAGCACUAUGCCAGACGGCUCCUCGCAGUGCGAAAGCUGCAUCCAAAACAAAAUCAGUUGCACUUGGCGCGAGUCCAAGCGCCGCGGGCCCAAGCGCAAAAACAUUGCGAUUGCAAACUCGUCCAGCCCAAUGUCUCAGACACUGUCGUCACCACAGCCGCAACAGCAGCCGUUAUCCCAGAGUCACCAGCAGCAUCUGUAUUGUCCAUUCAUAAUCUCCUCAAUGAUAACCCCGAGGCGCCUGUAAACGACCCGGCAAUCGGCCAACAGGAAUUUGGCGACAGUUCAUUGACCAUUUCAUCUUCACUGUUUGCAGGGCCAGUGCCAAAUGCAACUUUAAUGCGACCCAGAUCACUGGUUCCGCCCCCAGUGGGCAAUCUGAUCCAUGACUUCUUUUCGGAUAAAGUAGACGCGGAGCUGCGUGAGGCAAUCAUUGUGUAUUACACAUUUUUUUACUCGUACUGCCCCAUUCUCCACCCGUCAACGCUGCUGCGCAAGGUCCUCGACGGCACGAUUGAUCCGAUUCUUCGCGACUCCCUGUGCGCAGCCACAGCCGCCCACGUAGAGCGGCGCCUCUCAUGUGUCAUUGACUCGAUACUAUCCUCAACCGCAUUGUUCAAGCCACGAUCAUGCACCACAAUAGGCCGACGGUAGACAGGAUUUGCGCGCUUCAAAUGGCCUCUA